AUGUUUUCAUCCCUUCUGCGGUCUUUGCCCCGGCUUGGACGGAGAUGGAAGCCCCUUGAUUUCUCCAACCCAAACUUCGUUCGUAUACCCGACUACCACAAGAUUGAAGAAGAAAAUCUCCCAGAGUAUAUUGCCUCUUCGUACUAUCCUACUCAAAUCGGGGAAGUCAUUCAAGAGCGAUAUCAAGUCGUAGGCAAACUAGGAUUUGGAUCCACCUCCACCGCGUGGCUAGCACGGGACAUGAACGACCUGGACGACGAGAUCGCGAUGUACAGACGCAUCGAGCAAUCUUCAAAAGGUCAUCCGGGCCGUGACGCGGUCCGGACAUUACUGGAUACAUUCUACAUCGAUGGGCCAGAAGACAGACACCGGUGUCUCGUCCAUCGGCCACUGUGGGAAAGUGUCUUGGCUUUCUUACGUCGCAACCCCGCCGAGAGACUGCCUGCAGUAAUCGUGGCAGUCGUUCUUCGACGGUUGUUUUUGGCUUUAGAUUACCUUCACACGGAGUGCCAGAUUAUUCACACUGAUAUCAAAGCCGACAACAUCAUGCUCGGCAUCAACGACGAUUCCGUCUUCAGCGACUUUGAAGAAAGGGAGCUCCAACACCCCGUUCCAAGGAAAGAAGUAGACCCCAAUGGGAGACUCCUCUACAUGUCCCAGGAGCUCAAGAUGCCCAAACCAUUGGGUGCCCCAAUCCUCUGCGACUUUGGGUCCGCGGUUUUCAGCAAUCGGCCCCUCACAGAGUUCGUUCAACCUGACAUCUAUCGCGCCCCGGAAGUUAUUCUCGGGGCUCCGUGGACGUAUAGUGUCGAUAUAUGGAACGUGGGUUGCAUGAUUUGGGAUAUCUACCAAGGCGGCUCCUUGUUCUCCGGCCAUGACCCAGAAUAUCAAAGAUAUCGAAGCCGAGCCCACCUCGCUGAAAUGAUCACCCUUCUUGGUCCCCCUCCGUCGAGCCUCCUCGCGCAGGGCAGCUUAAGCGACAAAUUCUUUUCCAAUGACGGCGAUUUCCUCCCCAAAUCUCUACUCAAAGACCCGGUUCCGCUCGAACAACGAGAAAACACCCUCGUAGGAGAAACCGGGAGAGAGGCGUUCUUCCGCCUCAUGCGGAAAAUGCUGGAGUGGGAGCCCGGCAAGCGUAGCUCCGCGAAGGAACUCGCGGAGGACGAAUGGAUUCACCGGUAUCUGUGAGCACGUCUAGAAACAAACAUCAUGGAUUUGCCGGGCGACGGGAGCACCGUGGUCGUCUGGUAG